AUGAAGAGGGGUCCUCCGUGGCCCCGUCGGAUUGGCUAUUUUGAUGCGCGGGGAGCAGCAGCACACAACGGGCGGACCACCAAGAGCAGCAGAGCGAGAGAUGGGACGGGUUCGGACCCGUCACCCGCCCAGCCGCAGCCGCAAAAUCAAAGGUCUUAUUUCGAUGCGCCUUUACCUAACCUCCCCUGCUGGCCUGCUCCUUCCGCCAAUGCCGCUGCGUUCGCCGCCACCGGCGGCGCGCGCCGCGCCGUUCAAUCCUCCGCGGCGGGAACCGCGGCGGGAUCUGCGGAGUCGGCGCAGCAAGGGACGGUGUCGGUGGGGGUGGACGUGGAGGAAGGGGAGGACGGCGGACACGUGGGACCAAUGAUGAGCCGCCAGCUGUUGCGGACGGCGCGUGGCGGCGAGCUGAGCGACGACGAGGAAGAGGUGGACGGCAUCGCGGCAAUCCCGAAAAUUCGACGAGUGCCGGAGCAGGAGCAGCGGAUGCUAGCGGCGGUGGACAUGGGCACCAACUCGUUCCACAUGGUCGUCGUUAAAGCCGACAACAAGGGGCGCUUCGAGAUCGAGGACGUGGAGAAGGAGGACGUGCGCCUCGGCAUGCGGCAGGCGGAGGAGCGCGCGCUGGCGGCCGUGCGACGGCUGAAGCAGAUCGCGAAAACGCGUGGCGCGGCGAUGCGCGUCGUUGCCACGUCAGCAGUGCGCGAGGCGCGCAACCGACGGUCGUUCGUGCGCCGCGUGCUGGACACCACCGGGAUCGACGUGGAGGUGCUAUCCGGCCAGGAAGAAGCCUGCCUUAUCUACCUCGGUCCUCCCAGUGACCUCAAGAAGGUGCUCACGGUGGACAUAGGAGGCGUGAUUGAAGAAGUUGCUGACUGUGGGCAUUGGAGGCGGGUCAUAAACUCGUACACUCACUCGCUCACCUUCUCUUAUUCUCUUUUCCUCCCCUUUCACCAUCUCUCUCCCCCAGGCCCUCCCAGUGUAUCACAAGACGUGUAUCACAAGACGGUGCUCACGGUCGACAUUGGAGGCGGGUCAACGGAAUUUGUGAUUGGUCGGGAGGGCAAGCCGCUCUUUGCCACGUCACUCAAGCUGGGCCACAUUCGCCUCACCGAGAAGUUUGCAUCGGGUGGGCUGUCCAAGAGUCAGCAGAUUCUGGAGAUGCGGCGAUACGUGCGCGUGCUGCUGGCCGACUCGGGCGUGCUGGAGGCUGUUCUGCGGCGCCUGGCCGACCUGAAGGACCGUGAAUUCACCCUGGAAGAGCUCUCCGCCGUGGUUAAGAAGAUCUGCAAGGCAAAAACCCCGGACGCGCGCGCGAAGCUGCCCGGGCUGCCCGAGAAGCGCGCGGACGUGAUCCUGGGCGGCGCGAUUCUCCUGGAGGAGAUCUUUUUGGCCAUGGGGAUUGAAAAGAUGCGCGUGUCUCCGUAUGCUCUGAGGGAGGGCGUGAUUGUGGACACUCUGUCUCGCACCUUCACGGACUUCAGCAUCACUCCUGACUUGCGGAGGAGCUCGGUGCUGAAGAUGGCCGGGAAGUUUAAUACUGGGCUGCGAAAGGAGUCGGCUAAGCACUGCGCGCGCCUGGCCCAGCAAAUCCUGGCAGGUAUGCAGACGUGCAAGAUGGGCGGCUCAGAUUGCGUGUCGCCGAUGAUGGCUCUUUUGGACGGCAACGAUUUCGAGGUGCUGGAGGCGGCCACAGUGCUGCACUAUGUGGGCAUGUUCAUCUCCCACAAGGGCUACCACAAGCACUCGUACUACUUGAUUAAGCUCUUCCCCACCCUUCCUCUGCUCGCCGCCCUUCUGACCCCCACCCUUCCUCUGCUCGCCGCCCGUCCGACCCGCACAACCCCUCCUCCCCUUCCGCCCCUCCGCCCUUCACCGUUCCGCAGAACCCCAGCAUUCGGAGCAGCUGCUGGGGUACUCACCCAUGGAAGUCGAGAGCAGCUGCUGGGGUACUCACCCAUGGAAGUCGAGAUGAUUGCCCUGCUAGUACGCCACCACCGCAAGCGCCCACCCUCCACCAAGGACGAGGACUUUGCCAAGCUGCCCCCCGUGGUGCAGCAGAAGAUCCGAGCCCUCUGCGCCAUCAUGCGCAUCGCUGUAGCCCUUGAUCGCUGCUACACGGGCGCUGCUGCCAGCGUGCUCGUGCUGCAGGACGACGACUCUUGUGUGCUGGCGGUGACCCCGGCAGUGGAUCCCCUCACAGGGGCGGCACAGGACGUGUCUCUGGAGAUGUGGGCGGCACGGGGCGAGCUUGAGUACUUCCACAAGAUAUUGAAGAAGGCGCAGUCCAUUGCCAUUGCGGAUGACCUUGACGCGGACCCGCUCCUCGCAGAGCCCGCUAAGAGAGGAGCCUUUCCAGUCGGCUCAAAAGUUCCCCCCGUUCUCCCUCCUGCUACCCACGCUCUGCAGAUAUUUAAGAAGGCACCGUCCAUAGUCAUUGCGGAUGACCUUGACACCGACCUGCUGCUGGCAGAGCAGUCCAGGAGCCUCAGCUCUUAA